CCCCCCCCUUCCCUCCUCUUCUAUCUCGCUAUUUCUCACUUUUCUAGCAGCCUCAUAUUGCCCUCAUAUUACCAUCUUAAAGGCAAUGGCCGUUCAAGCAAAGAAGCUGUAUUUGAUAACAGCGGUUAUUUUUAUACUGGUCAUUGUCUUAUCAUAUCAUAAAUCCAGUAAUAGCCCUUCAUAUGGCAGCAACAAAGAAGUAGACAACAACAAAUAUCCACAACAACAACAACAACAACAACAACAGCAUCAGCAACAAGGUGACGGUCAAGGCGACACAAGCCAUAACUAUGACGAUAAUGACCGUGAUUAUGAUAUUAAGAAACCCAGUACUCCAUCACAGCCAUCAUCAGCACCAUCAUCGGUCAAGACUGUGACAGAGCCUACUGUAGUAACAGAACCCAAUACAUCUGGAAAGUAUGACACUCUGAUUUUGAUCCCCUCGAGCUGGACUCAGAUUCAGAACCGUCAAUGGGUGCGACAGACGGUGUUUGGGAUCAAAAACAACUUGACGCCCUGUAAAAAAUAUGAUGGCAAGAUCAUCUACAAGUUUUAUAUCCAUGGCCUUUCUUCCUGGCUCAAGACUCGAAUCCAUUCGGCUGAGUAUAUGCAAGGACAAGUCCGUGAACUCUAUGCUGAAUUUAUGGAGUACAAUGAUCAUGUUUUCAUCAACAAGACUGUUACGGAUCGACAUGCCAUCUGGGGGGAUGCUUUGGCUUGGGCGGUGGAAACUUUUAUUCCAGAGCAAAACAUUAAGGUCGAGAAAAUUUUGAUCUUCGACUCAACUACAAUUGUAAAUUUGCCAAAAAUAGAGGAGAGUGUCAAAGCGUCUAUGAGUGCUUCUAUGACAGGGUUUGUUCAAACUUGGGGUGGUGAAUCAGUGGUCCCUACAACGCCAUCGAGACCAGCAGACUUAUCAACAUCAAUAACAGCUGUACCUUUUGCUGGUAUAGCUUCUUAUGAUAUUGCAGAGCAGAUUGUCAAGAACCGAGUUGCCAUCAAAGAAAAUCACCAUUUGCUCGAUAUUUUUACUGCAGCUACACUCUAUUUUGCCAGCAACCCAACUUCUGCGACUGUCAAGGCUAUAAAAGGUCCAGCACAACUGUGGGUUAAUGAGAUUGAGUUAGUCGACGCGACAUCACAGGCAGUAGGUCAGGUCUACCAGUUAGAAGACUGGAUACCUAUUGUUGAAAAAUUGAGCGUUCUGCCCACCCCCGCUUGCGCUGUUGACCUCAACAGAAAGAAAAAUGUUGCAGUCUUGACAUCCUCCUAUAUCUAUUUUGACAUGUGUAUGGCGGAAGCAUCACUUCCAUCUGCGGAGAACAAACGCAUGUAUGCUGCCAAAUAUGGAUUCGACUUUGUGGCCCGUGCCGCCGAAUUUAUUCAAGAAGAAUUCCGAGGACGUCGGUUGGUGUGGGGUAAAAUCGGUGCCAUCCAGAAAGUACUUCCUCAUUAUGAAUGGCUGCUCUGGAUGGAUAUGGAUGCAGUGAUUGCAAACAUGGAGAAAGAUGUGCGUGAGAUCAUUCGAGAAGCAGAAACAAAGAGUCAGAGUGGUCAGGAAAUCAGCUUGAUCGUUGCCAAACCUGUCAAGGACAAGAUGUUGAAUGCUGGAGUCAUGCUGAUCAAGAACACAGAUUGGACACGUCGCUUCUUCAAUGAAGUCCAGACUAAAGUAGGCUGGUACCGUAAAUCUAGCUAUGAGCAGGCCGCCAUUUGGGAUGUGAUGACUGACCCUAGGUGGGCACCAGGAGUCUAUCUUUAUGACAAGGACGACCAUACCAUGAACACAUUCCCAAAGUAUUAUGCGGAAGGCGAUUUCGUUAUUCAUUUUGCACCCGCUGGAUGCCCCUCCGUCCCCGUUUUGGAAGCGUUGAGAAAGAUCAAGGAUGGCGAGAGUGUACUCGGUGUUGGAGCUGAAUAACUUCAACAAUAAUUACAAAAACAUAAACAAUUUAUAGAUUAGAAAUCAAUCACAUUAAGCAUACG